AUGGAUAAGAAGCCAGAGAUCCUCAACUGGGUUGACCCUAAGGACAAGUCCGGCGAGUUCAAGCGACAGACUUCGGCAUUCCGUAGUUGGAUCUCGAAGGACCCGAAUGCUGAGUUUCCGGCCGAGAAGGAUCGAUAUCAUCUCUAUGUCUCUUAUGCAUGCCCAUGGGCACAUCGUGCAUUGAUUGUCCGCAAGCUGAAGGGCCUUGAAGACUUCAUAUCUUUCACAUCUGUGCACUGGCAUAUGGGAGAGAAAGGCUGGCGAUUCUCAACCUCAGAUGAGAAAGAACCUGGCGAGAAUGUUACUCCGGAUCCUCUCCACGCUGAGUUCUCGCAUCUGAGGCAGAUCUACUUCGAUGUCGAGCCAGAAUACAAAGGCCGGUUCACCGUUCCCACCCUCUACGAUAAGAAGCAGAAGAAGAUCGUAAGCAAUGAGAGCAGCGAGAUCAUUCGCAUGUUCUACACCGAGUUCGACGACCUUCUGCCCGAGAAAUACAGGAAGCUGGACCUCUUGCCCAAGGACCUGAAGGAUGAGAUCGAAGCCACAAACGAGUGGACUUAUAAUGAUAUCAACAAUGGUGUCUACAAAAGCGGUUUUGCUACGACCCAAGAAGCAUACGAGAAAGCCGUAACGCAGCUCUUCAAGUCUCUUGACCGAGUCGAAGAGCACCUCUCCAAGAACCCAGGCCCCUACUAUCACGGCGAUCGUCUCACAGAGGCAGACGUCCGUCUCUACACAACGAUCAUUCGUUUCGAUGCCGUCUACGUUCAGCACUUCAAGUGCAACCUCCGCGACAUUCGCAGCGGAUACCCUGCCAUUCAUAAAUGGGUUCGCAAUUUGUACUGGAACAACGAGGCGUUCGGAUCGACGACAGAAUUCACGCAUAUCAAGAACCACUACACGAAGAGUCAUGGCCAGAUCAACCAGUUCGCUAUCACACCCGUCGGCCCGAUCCCGAACAUCUUGCCUCUCGACGAAGAAGUCGCUGCGGCCAAUGCAGUGCAGAAGUAG